AUGGAGUAUUAUACAGUGGCUAGGAUAAAGCUGGGGGACUACCACUUCUACGGGUACAGUACUGACGUGGACUACGAGACCGCUGUCAUCCACUAUAGGCUGGCCUCGGAGCAGCAGCACAGCGCUCAAGCCAUGUUCAACUUGGGUUACAUGCACGAGAAAGGCCUGGGCAUCAAACAGGAUAUCCACCUGGCUAAGCGUUUCUAUGACAUGGCUGCCGAGGCUAGUCCCGAAGCCCAGGUGCCUGUCUUCCUGGCUCUGUGUAAAUUGGGCCUGGUCUACACUCUGCAAUACCUGCACGACCUCAACAUGAGUGAGGUGGUCAGUCAGGUGGACCUGGACCAGCUCCUGGGCCCUGAGUGGGACCUCUACCUAAUGACGGUAAUCGCCCUGCUGCUAGGCACCGUCAUCGCCUACCGCCAGAGACAACACCAGGCAAUGCCCCCUCCUCCCCCAGCCAGGCCUCCUCAGGAGCAGGCCCAACCUGAGGCCCAGGCCCAACCUGAGGCCCAGGCCCAGCCCCAGGCCGAAGAGGCACAGCAGUGAGCGAUAGAGAUGGAGUGGGAAGAGAGGAAGGGAAGGCGAUAUCACGACCCAUACCCUCUAACUCUUCUCUGGGGGGUUGGUGGGUAAAGGCAGACUAACUUGCUCCCAUCUUGGGCACCACCUUUUCCCUCCUGACUCCGGCAUGUUGACCACAGACUGUAGGCUACUGAAUAGGCCAGACUCGCCCUACUUAACUCUCCGUCUCUGUCAAUGCUCUCAGACCUCCC